GUGUGUCACUUCCCAUCAUGCCGUGCGGGUGGUGACGUGUCGGGUUGUGCGCAUGCGCCUCAUCCGGGAUCCUGCCCGGUGUCUCGACGUGGCACAAGAUAAGACGGGACAAGUCCAAGAUUUCGCCCUUAAGAACCCGAACAGCUUUCGACAGGUAUAGAGGAGUCCAGCAAUACCCACCACAGAGACAGCCGUGUUCACCAUGAAUCCACAGGCAGGCUACAACCAACCCUACCAGGGGGGGUACCAGAACUACGGGGGGUCGCCCCCUCCAGCCGGACAGAACAGGGGGUACGGGGGCCCCGUACCGGGACAACCCCCUCAGCAGAAUGCCUACAUGAAUGGACCCCCUUCUCUGGGCCCCCCUGGGCCCAAGCCUUCGCAAGGGGGUUAUGGAGCACCCCCCUCCCAGAAGGGACCGGCAGGGGGGUAUGCACAGGGGGGUGGUGACAUGCAGAAUGGGUUUUCACACAGCGGACAGACAUACGGAGCACCGCCACAACAGCAACAGUACGGCAGAGGCCCUCCCCCACCUGGCCAGCAGCAGUACCAGCAGGGACCACCAGGGCCUCCCAUGUCCAGUGUCCAGUCUGGCCCGCAGGGGCCUCCCAUGUCAGGGAUACAGACUGGCCCGCCAAUGUCCAGUGUCCAGUCCGGCCGACCGGGGCCACCACCCAUGUCCAGUGGUCAAACACAGAUGGUGAACCAGAUGCAGACCAUGAGUCUGUCCCAGCAGAGACCAGGUCCUCCUGGUGCAACCAUGGGUGCCCCCCCUCCCAGCAGCAUGCCCCCUUCAUCCUACGGACAACCACAAGGUCCCCCCGGAAGCUCUGCACCCCCCUCUAGUAUGUCCAUGGGACCCCCCUCCAGCAUGUCCAUGGGACCCCCCCAGAUGGGCCCCCCUGGACCGAUGUACAGCUCAGCUGGGUACGCCCCACCCAGCUCCCAGCAAGGCAUUGUGGGAAUGCAGAAAUCAACAGAAUCCAAACCUAAACCUAACUACACAGGAGCCCCAGGGGGGUACCAGGGACAGUACGGCCCCCCUCCCUCCAGCCCGGGGGGCUUCGGACAGCCCCCACCCCCCGGUCCCGGUGGUAUGGGCGGUUACCAGGGACAACCGGUGGCACAGCCUCCCCAGCAGCGUCGUCUGGACCCAGACCAGAUCCCCAGUCCGGCCAAGCUGGACCCAGACUUAAUCCCUAGCCGUAUCCAGGUGAUCGAGGAUGACCGGACCAGCCGCGGGGGUCAGCAGUUCGCUACCAACACCAGAGGACUCAUGCCUCCCCUGGUCACUACAGACUUCCUAACCAUCGACCAAGGGAACUGCAACCCGGCGUUCAUGCGAGCGAGCAUGUAUAACAUCCCCUGUACAGCAGACAUGUAUAAACAGUGUAACGUCCCCAUGUCACUCGUCAUCAAGCCCUUCGCAGAGCUCAGCACAGCUCUGUGUAGUUGACCACGGUGCGGCCGGCCCUGUGAGGUGUAACCGGUGUAAGGCCUACAUGUGCCCCUUUAUGCAGUUUGUGGAAGGCGGUCGCAGGUUCAUGUGCAGUUUCUGUAGCUGUGUCACAGAUGUGCCCGACACGUAUUUCGCCCACCUGGACCACACGGGGCGGAGGAUAGACGUGUACCAGAGGCCGGAGCUCGCCUGUGGGUCGUACGAGUUCGUCGCCACGCUAGAUUACUGCAAACAGCGGGCCGUGCCUGCGCAGUCCGCACCUCAGGCAGCAGAGGGCGCUGCAGAGAGUGACGUCAAUAACCAGCCCCCGAGCCCGCCUGCGUUUAUCUUCAUGAUCGAAGCGUCGUACAACAGCGUGAAGAACGGGAUGUUGCCGCUACUCGCCAAACACCUGAAGGGGCUGCUCGACACCUUACCGAGGGAAGCUGGUCAGGAGGAAUCUUCCAUCAGAGUGGGUUUUGUGACCUUCAACAAAGUGCUGCACUUCUACAAUGUCAAGGGCACCCUGGCGCAGCCCCAGAUGUUGGUAGUUUCCGAUGUCGCCGACGUUUUCCUGCCGCUGUUGGACGGAUUCCUGGUCACGGUACAGGAGGCAAGGGCAGUCAUAGAUAGUUUGUUGGAACAGAUUCCGCAGAUGUUCUCGGACACGAGGGAGACGGAGAUCUGCCUGGGACCGGUGGUGCAGGCGGGGCUCGAGGCGCUCAAGGCUGCGGACUGUGCGGGGAAGCUGUUUGUGUUCCAGACGUCGCUGCCGCUGGCAGAGGCUCCUGGGAAACUGAAGAACCGGGACGACAGGAAACUGCUGGGGACAGACAAGGAGAAGACCCUGUUCCAGCCCCAGACCAGUUUUUACCAGACCCUGGGGAAGGAGUGCGUGGCUCAAGGCUGCUGUGUAGACAUCUUCCUCUUCCCUAACCAGUACGUGGACGUGGCCACCGUGUCGGAGGUCUGCAAGCUCACCGGCGGGCAGCUCUACAAGUACAACUUCUUCACGCUGGAACAAACCACUCAACACCAUAACCCCAUGGAGGCGGUGAAUGAUGGGGAGCGGUUUAUCCAGGACCUGACGCAGGACAUCCAGCGACCAAUCGUGUUUGACGCCAUCAUGAGAGUCCGGACUAGCACAGGGUUCCGACCAGUGGACUUUCUGGGGAAUUUCUACAUGUCCAACACGACAGACGUGGAGCUGGCAGCCAUGGACUGUGACAAGGCCGUCGCUGUCGACUUCAAACAUGACGACAAGCUGAGCGAAGAGCUGGGAGCAUACAUUCAGUGUGCAGUUCUGUACACCAGUGUGAGUGGACAGAGGCGGCUGAGAGUGCACAACCUGUCGCUGAACUGCUGCAGCACCAUGGCUGACCUCUACAAGAGCUGUGAGAUGGACGCCAUCAUGAACAUCCUCUCCAAACAAGCGGUGCGAUCCGUGGUGAACUCCACGCCCAAAGCCAUCCGUGAGCAGCUGAUGGCCCAGUGUGCCAACAUCCUGGCUACCUACAGGAAAAACUGUGCAAGCCCCUCAUCAGCAGGACAGUUGAUCCUUCCCGAGUGCAUGAAGCUCCUCCCACUCUACGUUAACUGUGUGCUGAAGAGCGACGCGCUGCAGGGCGGGGCCGAGACGUCGACAGACGACCGCGCCUGGCUCAUGCACCUGCUCAACUCCAUGGACAUCAACUCUUCAGGGGCCUUCUUCUACCCAAGGUUACUCCCCCUGCACAACCUGAGUCCAGACAAGGACGACGUUCCCACGGCGAUCAGGUGUUCCAUCGAGCGUCUGAAGGACAACGGUGUGUACCUGCUGGAGAACGGAGUCUCCAUGUUCAUGUGGAUCGGCAUGAACGUCGACCCGGAGUGGAUACAGAGCGUCUUCGGCGUGCAGUCCGUCGCGCAGAUAGACAUCGACUCCCCCACCUUACUGGACAAAGAAGGCACCCUGCUCAGCCUGGACAACCCGCUGUCGGCCCGCGUGCGCAACCUGGUGCAGCAAAUACGCAGCCAGAGGAGCAGGUUUAUGAAGCUAACGAUCGUGAGACAGCGGGACAAGUUGGAGCCGUGGUUCCAGCACUUCCUGGUGGAGGACAAGGGUCUGUAUGGGGGGGCAUCGUACGUGGACUUCCUCUGCCACAUGCACAAGGAGAUCAGAAACCUCCUGAGCUGAGGCCGGACACGACACAGGGAACAGGGACGGGAACUCGAGACAUUGUGUACAUUUAUUCUUAAAGUCACCGAGACUACGUCUGGCCAGGUCAGCUUGAAGAAGGGCAAAACGGACCUUUUGUUUUUUAAAUGAUCUUAAUUACUUUUUUCCAACAACAAUGUAAUAAACAAGGCUUGUGUACAAAGUAGCAAUAUAAAAAACAUGAAAACAAGUCACAGAAAUUUGACAUGAUGGAAAUUGUUAUGAAAUUUUGCAGUAGGUUUGGAAUUAUCCUAUUGAUUCUCAAGUUGCGGCAAGUUGUAUUGCCUCCCUUCUUACCUUCCCUGGAAGGAGCAAAAACUCACAGUCUUAAAAAAGUGUGAUCGCACCAGAUUGAAAUGUUCAUUCCGCUGAAGUCCUGACUAAAUUGUGUCUUGAUGAUGUGUACUAGAUACAGCACACACUCCAGCAUUUAGACACAAUCCAGUUCAGUGCAAUGUA